AUGAAGGAUGCUUUACAAACGGAUAAAAGUACUCAAAUGUGGAAUGGUGUUGAAGUGGGCUACUCUGAUAAUUAUGGGGGUUUAUUGAGUGGUUCUGGUAGCUCCCAAGUGACUGUUAAUGUAGGUUUUGUGUUUACUGAAAAUGUUGAUGGCUGCAAUGUGAACCCUAGUGCAAUUGUACCACUUGUUGAUAUGACUGAAAAUGAUCCUAGGAGCCUUAAAACUCUUGUUGGGGAUCUGAAUGGUGAACAUAAUGGCGAGCAUGUUUUGGAGGGUAUGGAUGAACUAAACUCCUUGAAUGGUACUAAAGUGAAGCAAAAAGGAAAUAGAAGGAGGUUAACUAAGAAUUUCAAAAAGAGUGAUUCCCUUCGAAGGAGUGAAAGAAUUGCAAAUGGUGAAGGCACUUCUGCUAUUGGUGAGGGUACAUCAACAUUUGUUGAGCAUGGUACAUUUAAAAAUAGUGAUGAUGAUCCUAAUGAUGACAGUGGUGAUGAGCUGUAUUAUUUGAGCGGCAGUGAUGAUAAUGGGCUGUCUGAAGAUGAUAAGAUGGUAAGGAAGUACACCUACAUUGAAGAAAAGGACGAUGAUUAUGAUCAUAACGGGUUAGAAUUAGGUGAUUUGGAUGAAUAUGUUAGUGACUGCAAUGACUCGGACAGUGAUUUUGAUGAUGAUCCUUCAAUGGAUGUUUGA